CAUUCUCCAUUCUUCCUUCCACAAUAACCUCUCCCAAAAAUGGCAGCCAAGCUGCUAACAAUCCUUCUUGUUGGAGUCCUUUUGGCAGCCCUGCAGGGCUCCACAGUGGCUCAGAACUGUGGGUGUGCCUCAGGCCUAUGCUGCAGUAAGUUCGGCUACUGUGGAACCGGCAAUGCCUACUGCGGCGACGGUUGCCAAGCAGGUCCUUGUUACUCAAGUGGUGGUUCUUCCGGUAGUGUCUCCGUUGCUGAUGUUGUGACACAGCCGUUUUUCGAUGGGAUUAUUAAUCAAGCUGCCGGGAAUUGCGAAGGGAAGCAUUUCUACACCCGUGCAGCGUUUCUUAGUGCCUUGAAUUCGUAUCCUGGGUUUGGCAAGGAUGGUUCCGCUGAUCAGUCUAAGCGCGAGAUUGCUGCUUUCUUCGCCCAUGUCACACAUGAGACCGGAAACUUUUGUUACAUAAAUGAAAAAAAUGGUGCCUCUCAGAACUAUUGUGAUGGUAGUAAUACCCAAAAUCCAUGCGUGGCCGGGCAGAAGUACUAUGGCCGUGGACCACUUCAGAUAUCAUGGAACUACAAUUAUGGUCCUGCUGGAAGAAGUAUUGGGUUCAACGGCUUGAGCAAUCCUGGAAUUGUUGCAACCAACGUAGAUAUUUCGUUCAAGACCGCGUUAUGGUUUUGGAUGAACAAUGUUCACUCUGUUGUAAACCAAGGCUUUGGUGCUACAAUUCGAGCCAUCAAUGGUGCUAUUGAAUGUAAUGGUGGUAGCCCGUCCUUGGUUAAUGCACGUGUCCAGUAUUACAAAAACUACUGCAGUCAAUUUGGUGUUUCACCUGGUGAUAACCUCACUUGCUAGGGUAGACAACAAUGUACAAACCCUAGCUAAGUUAUGUAUCGAAGACAAUAAGUGAGCUAUGAGAAAAAUGAGAGAUAUGUGGUAUGCAUGUAGUCUUUGAAGUAGCUUUAAGAACAUGACCAUGAUUUAUGUCCUGAAAUCAUAUGGUUGUAAUGUUCUUCUAUCAAUGAAUAAAAGCUAUGUCGUUUGUUAGUAUUGAAA